AGCACCACUGUCCCACCAUCCACAGAGACAAGCAGAGCUGCAACAACCUCUACAUCAGUGACCACUACUCAAACAACUGGAGAGCCAAGAACAACAGAGACUGUAACAGAAAAUGAAACAACCACAUCUCAGACACCUGUGUCCACCACCACUAGACCACCAAAGGUGGUGACAACUGAACUAACAAGCCAACCAACAACCACAGCUACAACAACUGCUGAAGAAAUCACAUCAACAUCAUCUGAAUUGUCAACAUCUUCUGUUCCAGCAACACAGACCUCAUUACCAGUUGUAAUAUCCACACAACCAACAACAGUAACCGAGACAACAUCUGUGCCAUUGAGUACAGUUGUGUCAUCAACUAAACCUGAAUCCUCCACUGAAGCUGAGAUUACCACUGAGGGAGUCUCUUCAACAACAAAACCAAUCAAAGCUGAAACAACUCUUGCAACAACCACACCAAGCAUCCCAACCACUACUCUGCUUGUGAAAGAAAGCACCACUGCCCCAUCAUCCACAGAGACAAGCAGAGCUGCAACAACCUCUACAUCAGUGACCACUACUCAAACAACUGGAGAACCAAGAACAACAGAGACUGUAACAGAAAAUGAAACAACCACAUCUCAGACACCUGUGUCCACCACCACUAGACCACCAAAGGUGGUGACAACUGAACUAACAAGCCAACCAACAACCACAGCUACAACAACUGCUGAAGAAAUCACAUCAACAUCAUCUGAAUUGUCAACAUCUUCUGUUCCAGCAACACAGACCUCAUUACCAGUUGUAACAUCCACACAACCAACAACAGUAACAGAGACAACAGCUGUGCCAGUCACUACAGUUGUGUCAACAACAACAAGAGCUGAAUCCUCCACUGAAGCUGAGAUCACCACUGAGGGGGUAUCUUCAACAACAAAACCAAUCAAAGCUGAAACAACUCUUGCAACAACCACACCAAGCAUCCCAACCACUACACUGCUUGUGAAAGAAAGCACCACUGUCCCAUCAUCCACAGAGACAAGCAGAGCUGCAACAACCUCUACAUCAGUGACCACUACUCAAACCACUGGAGAACCAAGAACAACAGAGACUGUAACAGAAAAUGAAACAACCACAUCUCAGACACCUGUGUCCACCACCACAAGACCACCAAAGGUGGUGACAACUGAACUAACAAGUCAACCAACAACAACAGCUACAACAACUGCUGAAGAAAUCACAUCAACAUCAUCUGAAUUGUCAACAUCUGUUCCAUCAACACAGACCUCAUUACCAGUUGUAACAUCCACACAACCAAUAACAGUUACAGAGACAACGGCUGUGCCAGUGACUACAGUUGUGUCAACAACUACAAGAGCUGAAUCCUCCACUGAAGCUGAGAUCACCACUGAGGGGGUAUCUUCAACAACAAAACCAAUCAAAGCUGAAACAACUCUUGCAACCAGCACACCAAGCAUACCAUCCACUACUGUUAUGGUUGAGGAAAGUACGACUGUAGUUUACAACACCACAACACUUCACAGAACAUCCAUCACACCUGUCUCCGAAACAGCCUUCACAAGUACCACUCCAAAAGUUUUCAUCUCCCCCACAACUAUGGGGACAUCAAUUGCACCCAUUACACAAACAUUACCAUCUUUCACUGGAAAAGUUCCAGUGUCUACAUCUUCUGUUAUUUCAUCAACUUCAAGUGUUUGCUGCUUUGUAAAUGGCACAGAUUUUCAGUCAGGUCAUAUAAUAUAUAAUGUAACUGAUGGCUUGGGUUGGUGCUUUACGGCAUACUGUAAUGCGACAUGUCAUAUUGUGAAGAUUUCAACAUCUUGCGGCACUCCUUCACCCUCUACACACUUUACAACCACCCCUUCUUCUUCUUCAACAACAAACAAGAACCCAACACAGCCUGUCACACUGAUAUCUACUAAUCCAACUAUGGAAACAUCAACUACAACUUUUGGGCCUAGUUGUUCUGCUCUUGACCCACCGAGACAGGCCAAUGACACUUGGCAGAAUGGAUGUGAAAUCUGUAAGUGCGAGAGUGAGACACUGACUGUCCGUUGCCAGCCUGUGACCUGUCCUUCUUUACCACCUGUUACUUGUGAUGAGCCUGGACAAGCGCUUGUCAAUACGACGGUCGACUGCUGUGAGACCUAUGAAUGCAAUUGCAAUAAGAGCCUGUGCCCUAUGGCCACGUUCCUCUGCCCACCAGGCUUUAUGCCAUCCUACAAUGUUAAUGCAGAAAGCUGCUGUCCACAGUAUUACUGCGCACCAAUGGAAGUCUGUGUCUAUAAUACCACGGUGUAUCAGCCCGGCUCACCUAUGCCAAGUGAUGACCCUUGUACGCUUUGUUACUGUGGUCGGAAUGUCGACCCUGAAACACAACUGCUUGUUCCAGAGUGUGUGAUGGCUGACUGCAACAUGGUCUGUCCAGAGGGUCAUGAGUACCAAAUGACUCCUGGUCAAUGCUGCGGAGUGUGUGUUAGCACCGAUUGUGUGGUUUCGCUUGAUAACAUCACACACACCAUCCCAGUUAACCAGACAUGGCAAUCAGUUGAUGACAAAUGUGUGAAAUACACAUGUGAACGAGUCAAUGGACAGUCAAUGACAGUUGAGAGUAAGACCACCUGUCCUGCCUUCAAUGCUGAAGACUGUGUCCCUGGAACAGAGACAUUGGAUGCAGAUGGCUGCUGUCAAACUUGUACACUGGAGAGUAAAUGUAAUGUCCAGAAGAUCAGCACGAUCCUGGUUAGCAAUGGCUGUGCAAGCAGCCAGCCUGUGGAAAUAACUUCCUGUACAGGCUUGUGCGCCACUUCCUCCUUAUACUCUGCAGAGGCAAACGCUCUCGUCCAUUCUUGUUCCUGCUGUCAAGAAAUGACAACCAGUAAAAAGGAAGUGACUUUGACCUGCGCUGAUGGAUCAAACAUCCCUCACUCGUAUAUUUACAUCGAGUCCUGUGGCUGCAAAGCCUCUGACUGCCCCAGUCAAUCACUGAGGAGACGUCGAAGAAGAGUGUAAAAUCAUCUUCAACCCUUCACAGUACACGUGUUCUUCUCAUGACUGUCCCCCACGAGUUUCACUAGUGCAAUGUAAACAAAAUUUAAAAAAUAUUUCUAUCUGUUCGUGCUAUUGUUGUGAAUCUGAAAAUGUAAAAGCUUUAAAAAUGUUGACGUCUCUCCAUGCUGUCAUGACAAUGAAAAC